UUGGCCGCAUCAGGCUGCGGGAGCGGGACGGAGCGACACACCGGGCAGGAAGAUGAGCUCUGCGGCCGGACGCUGGGCCUGCUGGCUGGCUGUGAGUCUGGCUCUCAGCCGCUCCGUCGCCUCUCUGGAGCUGGACGAGCUGUUCGGCUUCGGGGCCGAGGCCGGGGACGAGGCGCUGGAGCCGGGCUCCGACUCCACGGCGGAGCUGCCUCUGCGUAACGCAUCCAUCCUGUUCUUCAGCGACAGCUUCAGCAAAGUUUAUAUCAACACCAAUGGCUUUGUGUCCGGUGCCAAGCCCCCGGCUAAGGCGGACUACCUGGGGAAGAUGCCCGCAGAAUUCAAAAUGAUUGCAGCCCUCCUGGGAGACCUGGACAACAGCGAUGGACAGGGAAAGGUCUACUUCAGGGAGGACAGCAGCCCUGAUGUAUUGGCUCGAGCCACAGAGCACAUCCGCCAAGCUUUUCCAAGGGACGAUGAUGUGGACCCCACCAGCACCUUCAUCGUCACCUGGGAGAACAUGGCUGCCCGAGGGACCACCGGCCGAGGGGACGUCCUGGACAGGAAGAGAAACACGUUCCAGCUGGUUGUGGCCUCCAUGGAAUCAGCCUCCUAUGCCAUCCUCUUGUACCCCAGAGAUGGCCUGCAGUACCUCUCCACAUCAAUAGGUGGUGCGAACAAGCCCUUAGAGGCUGGCUUCAAUCAAGGCAUGGUGCAGGGCUGGUUCUACGCCAGCCAGGGGACUUACUACCGCACCACCACCGAUGAAGAGACAUCCAUCAGGGAGCUCACUGAGAAGACAAACUCAGGGCGCCAUGGUGUGUGGGUGUACGAGAUCGGCACCACGCCGGUCUUUAUCGCCAUUACACCAGGCAUGACCGCAAAACUGUUUACAGAGGAGAAUGUGACCAAGCCUGCUGUGACGUCAUCGCCACAGCAACCUGGGCAGCAACAGGAGUUCUCCACCUCCGAGACAACAACUGUGUUUGCACAGGAAGAAGAGGAGACGUUCACAACAGUCGGUCCUGUCCAGUACCGACCUGGUUACCCUGAGUCUGACACCUUCACACCAAGGUAUGCCGAAACUGAGACUCAAGAGCCAGAAUACCCUGAUCCUGAGACUGUCCCGCCAAGAUUUACCUACCCUGAGAGGGGUCAACCAAGAUACCCUGAUCCUGAAACUUUCCCGCCAAGAUCUACCUACCCUGAGAGGGGUCAACCAAGAUACCCUGAUCCAUUUGAGCCAAGAUACCCAGACCCUGAUUCAACUCAGCAAAGAUACACAGUUACUGAGCCCAUCCAACCAAGAUACACUGACCAGGAACCUGUUGAGCCGAGAUACUCUGAGCCAGUCGAGCCAAGGUACCCUAACCCUGAGCCAGUCCAGCCCGUGCCACCUCGUUCCCAGCCCCAGAACCCCCAGAUAGUCGUGGUGGAUGAAGAUCUAGAUGUGGAUGUAUUUGCAUACAACUUGGAGACGUGUGCCAAUAACAGACAGAAAUGCUCUGCUUUUGCCGACUGUCGAGAUUACACCAACGGAUACUGCUGCCAUUGUAGGCCUGGUUACUAUGGCAAUGGAAAGGACUGUGUGGCAGAAGGCAAACCACAGAGGAUGAACGGGAAGGUGAAUGGUCGAGUGUUUGUGGGGAACUCGCCCUCGCCCGUGGAGUUCAGUAAUAACGACCUGCACUCGUACGUGGUGGCCAACGACGGACGGGCCUACGUGGCCAUCAGCAGCAUCCCGGACAGCCUGGGCCCGUCGCUGCAGCCUCUCUCCUCGCUGGGAGGAAUCAUCGGCUGGGCCUUCGCUCUGGAGCAGCCCGGCUUCCAGAACGGCUUCAGCCUCAUCGGCGGUGAGUUCUUCAGGCAGGCUGAGGUGACCUUCCAGCCCGGGAACGAGCGGCUGACCAUCAAGCAGCAGUUCAAGGGGAUCGACGAGCACGACCACCUGGUGGUGAGCAGCGAGCUGGACGGCCGCGUGCCCGACGUCCCCAGAGGAGCCAGCGUGCACAUCGAGCCCUACAAGGAGAUCUACCAGUACAGCAGCAACUUGAUCAGCUCCUCCUCCAACCGCGAGUACACGGUCAGCCUGCCGGACGGCGGCGUGCAGACGCGCAGCUACCAGUGGCGCCAGACCAUCAGCUUCCAGAGCUGCGUCCACAACGAGGCCACCAGGGCCGUGCCGCCCACCCAGCAGCUCAGCGUCGACCAGAUCUUCGUCAUGUACGACGCCGGCAACCAGCUGAUCCGCUUCGCCAUGAGCAACAGGAUCGGCUCCAUCCACAGCGGGCCUCCGGAGCAGAAUCCGUGUUUCACCGGCCGCCACGGCUGUGAUAACAACGCCGUGUGCAGACCAGGUGAGGGCCUGCAGUUCAGCUGCGAGUGCACCGCUGGAUUCACCGGAGACGGACGCUCCUGCUACGAUAUUGACGAGUGCCGGGAGACGCCUCAGGUCUGCGGGGCCAACGCCGUCUGCAGCAACCAGCCUGGAACCUUCCGCUGCCAGUGUGCCAGCGGCUUCGUGUUCGCCAGCGACGGCAGGACCUGUGUCGCGGAGAGCCGGCCAGUCGAUCACUGCCAGAGAGGAAGCCACGACUGCGACGCUCCUGAUCGCGCUCGCUGCAGCUACGUCGGAGGCUCCGCCUACGUCUGCUCCUGCCUGCCGGGCUUCCUGGGCGACGGCCGCGUCUGCCAGGACGUGGACGAGUGUCGUCAGGAUCGAUGCCACCGAGACGCCAUCUGCUCCAACACUCAGGGCUCCUUCGUCUGUCAGUGCCAGCCCGGUUUCCACGGCAACGGCUUCCAGUGCAGCCCCACGACCACAGAGCGGCAGCAGACUCAGUGUGAGCGUCACCGAGCGAGCGCCCAGGCCGCCUCCGCCUCCUCCUCCAACACCGGCCUGUUCUCCUUCUUCCGGCCGCGUCCCGCCGUCGGUCAGUACGUCCCGCAGUGCGACGAGCGCGGCAGCUACGAGCCCACGCAGUGCCACGGCAGCAUCGGCCAGUGCUGGUGUGUGGACGCCGCCGGGCAGGAGAUCCCCAACACCCGCACCGGGCCAGGCAGCCGGCCGCUGUGUAUUGAGCAGACGGUGACUCCGCCCCCCGUGGGUCCGACGCCGCGGCCGGACAUUAGCCCCGCCCCCCCGGGGACACACCUGCUGUUCGCCCAGAGCGGGAAGAUCGAGCUCGUUCCUCUGCAGGGAGACGGCAUGAAGAAGGACGAGGCCAAGGCUCUGCUGCACAUCCCUGACCGGGUGGUGAUCGGCGUGGCUUACGACUGCGUGGAGAAGAUGGUUUACUGGACGGACAUCACCGGGCCGGCCAUCAGCAAGGCCAGCCUGAACGGAGGAGACACCAUCCCGGUCAUCACCACAGAGGUGGAGAGCCCUGAAGGCAUCGCCAUCGACCACGUGGCUCGCCUCAUGUUCUGGACCGACUCCAUGCGAGACACGGUGGAGGUCGCCAAGCUGGACGGCAGCCAGCGCCGCGUGCUGUUCGACAGCGACCUGGUGAACCCCCGACCCAUCACCACCAACCCGGCAUACGGGCGUAUUUACUGGGCGGACUGGAACAGAGACGGGCCGAAGAUCGAGAUGUCCAACAUGGACGGGACGGACCGGACGGUGCUGGUGAAAGACGACCUCACUCUGCCCAACGGCCUGACCUACGACCCCGACAACCAGCAGCUGUGCUGGGCCGACGCAGGAACUCGUAAGGUGGAGUGCAUGGAUCCUCACCGCCGGCUGCGCAGGACGGUGGCCGAGGGAGUCCAGUACCCCUUCGCUCUGGUGUCCCAUGGAAGGAACCUGUACUACACCGACUGGAGGAGGGAGGCCGUGGUCGCUGUGGAUCGCUUCUCAGAGAAAGAGACGGACGAGUUCCUGCCGCAGAAACGCUCGCGGCUCUACGGCGUCACCAUGACGCCAGCGCAGUGUCCGCAAGCGUAUAACUACUGCUCCAACAACGGCGGCUGCUCUCACCUCUGCCUGCCUCGGCUCGGCGGCUUCACGUGUCGCUGCCCCGACAACUCCACCGCCGCCGCCGCCGCCGCCGCCGCCGCCGGGCGCUGUGAGGAGACCAACCAGUGAACCAGGACCAUCUGCUGAGGAGGGCGAGCACUGCUGCCACUGGGAAACACACACACACACACACACACACACUUCACUGCCGUCUUGAUGUUUUCUCUUCUUACUUGAAUUCAAAGUUUCCACGUCUGAUUUCUGUGUCGGGACGUUCGGUUUUGUCGAAAACUCCCAAAAUCCUUGGGAACCGAUGAGAACCGUCUCACAUUCCUGUUCCUGUUCCUCCAGUUGAAGAGUUUCGGUUCCAAACAUGAAAAUGACAGAAAGACUACACAGCACGACGUACAACAAAUCCUGGUGCUUUUUUUGUUUUUCUUUUUUGUUUUUAAAGACAGCAGGUAACCUGUUUGCUUGAAAAAUAACCCGUGUUACAGACCGGACGGACCCUCCGUGUUUUAAAAAGGUGCUGAGCAACGGCCUUCAGGUUGUGUGUUUUUAUUUUCUGUAUCGUCUGAGUGAGCCUGUUGUCGAGCUCUCCUCCUCAUCCGGCGGCUGUUUCAAGAAGCGGAGCUGAGAUAAACGACCGUACGCGGCUUUGCAUGUUAAAAUCCUGUUGUGUCUUACAUCCAGACGUAACAGACAGACGUCAGGAAGCUAACAGCCUCGGCCUUGAUUUAACAAAGCAGUGACAAUGUGCAGCCAAAUCCAUCAGUACGCCAUGUGCGUGUUUUAAAAUGAAACACGUCACCAGACUUUUCGGAUUUGACAACAUCAGGAGGAAAUAUCUGUGGGUUUUGUCUAAAUUUCGACCAGACGCUCGGGCCUAAAUACAAAACCCUGAGGUUGUGUUUGGUCGUGUUUCCAAAAAGCUCCAGCAAGGCCCGUGGUGAAAAAACUACAUUCAAUAUAAAUGCAGUUAAAGACAGUUACAACCCCGUUUUCUAUCAUAAUAAAAUCAAAAAAAGGCAUCCGCGACUUCUUUGUGGGUGCUGAUAUUAUCACGAUACUUAAGUCACGAUAUGAUAAAGUGCCAUUUUAAACAUUUUGCAAUUGCACUAACACAGUGGUCCCUCGUUUAUCACGGGACUUACAUUUUAAAAAUAACCCGCAAUAGGCGAAAUCCGCGAAGUAGUCAGCUUUAUUUUUUACAA